GUCCUUGGAAAUUGUAUUAAAUUGUUUGGUUUGACCCGCAGUCACAUCUAGCUAUCAUCAUUGACCAAUAUUAUGUGUUAAAGUUUUGAAGUUAAUUGAUCAAGCUACUGCUACUAAAAUUUAUCAAAACUAUCCCAUGUAAACUUUUUGUUGCCAAGAGUUUUGUUACCAAUAUGGAAUUUGAUAACAAUGGACAUGGACAGCAAGAGUAUUAUUGUUUGCAGCAAACUCAGCACCUUCAGCCAAGUCCGCAUGCAUCGAAUCAAGCAAGUGUUCCCAAAAAAUCAACGAAGCAAAAUAAUGCGCUACCACUCUGGGGGAAUGAAACAUCGAUGAACUUGAACCCUUUAAUUCUUGCGAACAUACAGGGUUCGAGUUAUUUUAAAGUGUCCUUGUUUAAGCUGAAGACUUACCAUGAAGUUGUAGACGAAAUAUACUAUCAAGUGAAACACUUAGAACCAUGGGAAAGAGGCUCUCGCAAAACCGCGGGCCAGACAGGAAUGUGUGGAGGAGUUAGAGGCGUCGGAGCUGGAGGGAUCGUUUCAACUGCUUUUUGUCUGCUCUACAAACUUUACACUUUACGAUUAACACGAAAACAAGUUAAUGGACUACUGUCUCACGGCGAUUCCCCCUACAUACGAGCAUUAGGUUUUAUGUACUUGCGAUACACUCAACCACCAUCUGAUCUGUUUGAAUGGUAUGAGCCGUACCUGUUAGAUGAAGAGGAGAUUGAUGUCAAAGCUGGCGGAGGACAGAUAAUGACCAUAGGACAAAUGAUACGGCAAUGGUUGACAAAACUUGACUGGUUUUCAACAUUAUUCCCACGUAUACCUGUUCCAAUUCAAAAGCAAAUUGAUGGAAAACUUGACAAUUAUGCAAAAGAAAAUGGUGUUUCAUUCGCAGUUGCACAACCGGAUCGCGGUGGUGUAUCCGUCGGUGCGAAACAAAAUCGUGGAGGAUUGUCAGGAACGUCAGGCGUUUCCAGGGGUUGCGGGCCGAGCACAUCUACAGACGAGCGAGAAUCAUUUCGUUUUGAACGGGCUGAGGAAUCAUUUAAAGAAAAAGUUGAUAAACGAAAUGUGUCUGCACACUGUGAUCGAGAUGCACGGACGACUCGUUACGACCAGUAUGGUGAUGAUCGACACAUUCGUACUCGCAAAGAUUAUCGUGGGAAAGAAUCGGAUCGUGAUAGAGAUCGUGAUAGGUACAGAGAAAAAGAAAGAGUUAAAGAAAGACACAGGGAACGUGAUCGUGAUCGUGAACGCGACCGAUCGCGGGAUCGCAGUCCUGAUCGUAAAGAUUAUCGUGAACGCGAUCAUCAUCACCGUGAUCGAAGACACCGUUGAAGCUUUUUCCAUAAGUUGAGCUGUAUAUACAUAUUUUUCCCUUGUACUUUUCUAGGACACAAUACAUCAAUGACGUGCUCGUUUUUAAAUGUGUAAAGUACGUCGACGAGACAGUACUGUUGGAAAUUUUUGAUAGUCCUGAUUCGAACUAUUUGGAGAAAAUUAUAAUUUUUUUUUCCGAUAAUCCUGAUUCGGAAAUAUAUAGGGAGUUUGAUUUGUUUCGCUACAUUAACUAUUGUGGCAACGUUGUAAUCAACGAAACAAUAAAACGGGAUUACUUUUCCUAGUUGAACAGCCCCUCACGAAUAUCGCCGAUGAAACGACAUGCACUACUUAUUGUAUCGAUUUCUUUAACAUAUUGUAUCAUUUCUAUCAAUUCCGGAUAAAGAGGUUGGUUUCUUUAGAUAUGUUUACUCUAAAGUUACAACAGCUUUUGAAUUACCUCAUGAAACUUAUGGUUCUCAUCCUCUUAACAUUAGUACCUCAUCGAUAACAUGCAUUCUGCUUUGUUUGAAUCCUUAUUUCAUAUAUAUUGUUAAACAAUUCACCAAUUGCACAGUUGAGUUUGUAAAAGUAUAAUACUAAUAAGAACAAGUAUAAUAUAAUACUAAGUAGAACAAACUA